UACAACAAAGUUGCACGUCAUUGUAACGUUCAAUAAAACUCGACUCUUAGCAUUGGUCGAAACUCGAGUCGAUGUUCGCGGUCCUCUUAUAGUGUUGUAACAGAGAAAUCGUCAGUGUGCGUGCGUCUAAGAGCAAGUUAAAAUGUUGCGUAUAGAGGAGACGAGUCUGCGUAGAAUCGCGCGACAUGACGAGCCAGAAUUCAGUUGCGCGAGCAUUUUGAACAGCAUGGAAAGAUUCGUCAAGACCGUCAGCGAAAUGGAAGAAACGAUCUUGAUACCGAGAAGACUGUUGGAUCUGGCCGUUGGUGAUGCUGGUGAUACGAUUCGUUUGAAAGCCGGCAAUAACGUGAAAGAAACGUUAGCCAACACGGAUUUGUAUCGUUUGUAUCACAUCGUCAAUCAAAUGAAAGUCGAAUUGCUCUGGUCGAAGGAGGAUCGUAUCCAAUCUCGGGAGGAGGAAGAUGCCGAUAAAUCGGUCCUUGUUUAUCAAAUGAAUACGGAAACCGCCAAUAGAUUAGGACAUGCUCGUUGUCCAAGCACUACCUCGAUGCAAAGCAUACAGAGCGCAUCCUCGAUCGCGUCUUCUCUUUCAUCCGAUUCCGAGUCGGAUAUCGGAGUCGAAAAUGAUUCCAGUCUAGAGAACGAGGAGUGCAUCGAUCUAGCUAAUUCUAUUGCCAACAAUUUCAAACAUCAUUUACGGGGACUUCAUCGUAGUAUCAACAGGAUGACGGAUGUUGCCCAAUAUCUUACGCUUCGAUAUCAAGUCGACGUAGACGGCCAAAUCUGAUUUGGUAGUUGUUCUAUGUUUCGAUAAGUUUAACGACCAUUGAUCGCAUAUAAACUUGAAACAAGUUUAUUCUACUUUUGUCGACGCGCGAACAUUCAGAUUAUUCAAAUGCAUCUUCGAGUUCAACGAAGCGAGAUCAUCUCAGCUUGAAUCUAACUUAGGACGUCUCACUUAGUAUCACUUAAUAAAAAAUCAUAUAAGAUUUUAUUGUUAAAACUACCUAAGUAAUUAUGUUGUUAUCUAUCGACGAAUUUUAUAUAACUUGAAGUGCACAGAAAAUAUAAUCAACAAAUAGGUUUGGGCUUCUUUUUUCUGUCGUGUGUUAACUCGUUACAAAAGUUUAUAUGGCCAAGUGGCUUACAAAAAAUAUAUAAUUAACGUCGAUUGGCUCUUUAGAAAAGAGUAUCGUAAUGUAGAUUUUUUUCUUUUACAAAUGGUCGUUGCUGUCGAAGCAUUAUUAUUUUUUAAGUUGAUGAAUUAUAUUGGAAGGUAUUGAUAAACCAUGGGAGUUCAUUGAUAUAAAUAUUUUGCGUUAAAAAUUUCCUGUUAGAAAAAAAAAAGAAAAAAGAAAAAAAAAAGAACAAAAGAACAAAAAAAAAAAAGGACGUAAAAAGAAGAAGGAAUUCGUCUUUUGGCACGAUUCGUAAUAAGAGUUCGUGUGUCGAUUAGAACAUGCAUAAACUGCUGAAAAGAAUGUAAGAUUACUGCAUUGAAAUUAUCACACGCGCUAUAAUAUUUCUACUAAGAUUACUGGCGAGCUUAAUGAACAUUCCAUACAUAACAUCGUUUCAAAAUCGACUGAUUUCACUUUAUAGCAAGCAAAAUCGAGUAAUAUGUAUUUGAAAAUUCAAUUAAAGUCCGAAUAAAUGAAGCAAAAAAUACACUAUAGGCUUUUCUAUAAUUUAGCGAAUAUGCGCAUAUGACAAAAUGUCAAAAUAUGCGAAGUAUGCAAUUUUAUGUACAAAAAAUUAUAUUUUUCCUUGUAUAAAUCUCGUACAAAGUAGAAUGCUGCAUUGUGAAAAGAUCGCAUCUUCGACAACGGAAUCAAACGGGUUACUUUUAAAUGAAAGUACAAUCAUAUAAAUUUCAAUUUUAUUACUAAUUAAUAUAAUUAACACUCAUGCGAUUUCAAAGUGACAUGUAAAAUCGCAUGAUCUGUUUUGACUAUAAAGAAAAAUAUCAAUCAAAAUUGCAAAUGCGGUCAUGUAAAGUUAUUUAUAUAAGAAAAACUAUUGAAAUUUGACGCUUUCUUAUUUUUUCAGUUUCAAGACAACCUUUUUAUUUGUGCUUAUUCAUAUAUUCUAUGUACAUAGAUAUGGCCUUACUAUUAUUUAUUUUCAUAGUAAUAUUAGUUGUAAUAAAGGCUAAUAUAUCUCUAAUUUAUCUGCUAAACAAUUGAAAAAAGUUUCAAUUGUAUGCUUACAUACGUACGUGCUUAUAUUUAUUUUUAUUGUCUAAUUUAUUGUAUUUUACUACAUAUUCUUUUUGUCAAUUUUGCAAUAUUAAUUGCGUAAUAUUGUUGUUAGGUGCGAUUAUAAUUGCAAAAUUAAAUACAUGUUUAUUUAAAACUUAUAAAGUAAAGAAUCGAUUAGAUUGGAACAAAAUAGUUGUUCCGAUUUUUAUUAUGGUAUCUUAUUUCAUCCAAUAAACGCUUGCCGCAAAUGUU